UCCGAAAAAUUUUCGGGGGAAGCUGUUUUUUGUAGGGUGUUCCGUACGCCCUUGACCCCUCCUCGAUAACUUCCGGCCCCCUCGAUAAUUUUUGCGAGUCGGCGCCCCUGGGCAAUUGACUCACACUGACCACCUAAAUGACUGACCCAGGGCCGGAUUUGGAAGUGUGGAGGCCCCGGGGCAACGAAGGAGUGGAGGCCCCUAAUCAGGGUUCGAAAAGAUCAUCAUAUUUUCGAAAAUAUCCGAUAUUUUGAUAUACAUGUAUAUAUCUGAUAUUUCCGACCCGUGAAAGUUAGGAUAUUUUGUAAAAAUUUUAUUGUGGGGGCCCCUUUGGGGCAGUAGCCCCACCUGCUCUCCCCUAAAUCCGGUCCUAGACUGACCUGCCAAUGUGUAAUUUAUUUAAGCCAAAAGAAGAUAUUCAUAUUAAGUGAAGAUUAAAAGCAUAUUUAAAUAUGUAUCCUUAUCUCGCAAAAUCUCAAGACUUAUAUUCCACCAAUCCUAUGGAUCAUUUUUUGGGACCAGAGAGCCAGAAACGUAAUAAUGCAGAAUCUGGUUUCAGUUCUGGCUUCACUUACAAUCAAAGUGGAAGCUCAAAAGAUGUCUUUUCUUUUUCAAAUUCUACUGAUGUAUUUAGCCAAAGGUCAAAGGAUGAGCCAGAUUCGCAAGUUCAUGGUAAAGGAACGAAAUUUCAAAAUUAUAUUUCUCAAAAUUUGAUCCUUGGCUCUCUUAAUACUCCUCGAAGUGUAUUAUCAAACAGAAGUAAAUGUGAUUAUAGUGAUCCCUUCUCUGCAAGAGCAAAAAAAGUUCCAGAAGCUUCUCCAGUUGACUCUAAUGGUGAAAUAAUCAAAGAGAUAAGAAAUGUUGGUGAAAAUUUACAGAAAAAUUCACAAAAAAGUGAAUCAUGUAUGCUAUCAAUGCAAAACAUUAUGGAGGAAGUGAAAAUCAUUAGUAAGGAUUUAAAAAUAGUGAAGGAAACACAAGCCAAAUUAUUCAGAAAGAUUGAAGAAAAUCAUGAGGAUUAUGAGAAGAAUAUUGAAAUCUUGAGCAGUAAAAUAUCAGAAAAUGCUCAAUAUUUAAAACAACUGAAACUUCAAGCUGAAAAAUAUGAUGAACAACAAAACUUUUGUAAGAAAGUUUUCAAAGACAUAGAAGAUGAGCAAAAACAUUUUGAAAAGUAUACAAAGAAUAUGGUUACAGAUAUAGGCCUUAAAAUCCACAACUCAAUGAGAGGUUUAAGGGAUAAUCUAGAAGAGAAUCUGGAUGGAAAGUUCAGUGCUUUAAGAAAUUUUAUUUCUAUAUCUAAUGAGGAAAAACAGAGAAAUGAUGAUUAUUGGCGACAUAAAAAGUUAUUAUCUAGGCAGAAUAUUGCAAUUGCUGAUUCCCCAUGCUUUGUAUCCACAAAUUAUGCUUCUUCCAUAUCAAAACCCAAUUUUGAAGAUGGCUGUAGAGACAAUUAUGGAUUAAAUUCAGAAAAAUAUUUGAUGAAUUCCUCAAAUCAUCUUGGAGAACGUGCCAGAAAUUUUUCACAUUAUGGAAUCGUGCCUGAAGAUUCACCCAUGUUCUCUAAAAUGUUAGAAAAUAAAUUACAGAAAUCUAGUACUUGCAACCCAUUCAAUUAUGGUGCAAAAUUCAUUCUAAAGAAAAACUUAAAUACCAGUAGAGGACAAAAUGCAUCUAAUUUGAACAUUAGCAAAGAAUCAUUGGCCAAAACACAGGUAAAAAGUGGGGAAAAGGAAGUGUUUGCUAUAUCGCCAGAUGUCUUAAGCUGCGAUGAAAUGGGGUACGUAGGUAAAUUGCGAUCGUCCAAACGGAAAACCUUAAAUGCAAAAAGAACUGCUGUACCUUUGCCAAAGAAAAAAAGAAAAAAUUGCUCAAAAAAUCAAAAGCAGAAAAAAAUUAAGAAAACAACUCCUCAAAACCAAAAUGAUAAAAGUAACUCAAUUAAAACUGUAAAAGCACCAGUUAUGCGAAAAUUAAAGUCUAGCAGCAAAACAAUAACAGCAACAAGUAAUGCAGGUGUAACAAGUUGCACUCUGUUCUCUGCUUCAUUUUGUUCUUCUCCAGGUUUAAAUCUUUAUGAAGCUAUGAAUUUUAAAAAAGAACAACAAUAUUUUGCAUAAGCAACAAUAUGUUUUGUUAUAUAUCAUUUGCUGCACAAAUAUUGUAAAAUGUGAUGUGAUAUAUUUAUAUGAUUAAAUAUGAUGUGAUAAAAAUUCCUAAAACAGAAAACUACAAUAAAUUCAAAUAAAGCUACUUAAUUUAUUGGGUGAGCAUACAGUUUUAUAAACUGACAAGAAAUGUUCUGAAAAAAAAAAUAAUAAUAAUAAUAAAUGCAUUUUUUCUUUGUUUUAACAAAAUGUUUCACACUGCAACCUCUUUUUUGAACUGUUUUUUCUUAUUUAAAGUAAUUAAGUAUUUCUGAACUGUAAAUGUU